UCAUCUUUCGAAUAUAACUAAUUUCCAAAUAUCAUAAACUCUUUCUACUAUAUGCAUCUUAAUGUUGAAUUACCCAAAAAUGUUGCUACUAUAACAACAGGGAAAAAAAAAGGUUAGGAGCUCAUAUUUAGCGGCGCUAAGGACAUGCCACCGAAAAACAAAGCAACCCAUGUGUUAUUAUUAUCGUAAUUAAAGAAACAACAUUAUUACUCAAUCAAAAAAUAGCAAAAACCUUUGCACAAACUCCAAGCUUCCACCUAACAAAAAAAACUUGCCACAGUUUUUCAUUCAUGAAGUUUCUUUAUGGAAAAGAGGUGAUAAAGUUCAACCGAUGUCCUUACAUAUAGAAUUAUUAUUACUUUUCUCUCUUCCUUGUCUUGUUGCAUAAUUGGCACAAGGGGAAGUGAACUAUGUUUGAAUCUUAGGUGUUGUGGUUGUGAGAUCUUAUAUAUAGAUCAUGUUUUUGUGCUGCAAAAAGAAGCUUCAGCUGAAAGAAAUAAGCUUAGAUGACAAUACUAGGUGGUGGUGGAGUAUGUUUUAGUUUUGAAGGACAACAGAAAUAUAUGGUAGUAGCAUAUCACAAAGGGAAGAGGAAGGAAUAAAAAUAGAAUUAGUUUUAGCACCCUAUAGAAUAAGUUAGAUGAAUGAAUUACCUGGCUCUGUGGGCACAAGUGUCAGCUUCAGUCUGAGAUUAGGCCAGACCUUCUUUUCAUCUGCUUCUCUAUUGUUUAUGUCUUUGGGGGUUGAAUUCUACAGCUACACAGCUUUCUGCUAUUUGGUGACAAUCAUGGGUUUGGUUAUACCUUGGAGUUUCACAUUAGCAUUGGUAGAUGGAUACUCUGUAUUGGUCAAAUGCCCCAUUCGUCAACCAGGAAUACUGUUGAUUAUUGUUGUGGGAGAUUGGGUGUUAUCAACCCUCACACUAGCAGCAGCUUCAUCAACAGCUAGUGUUGUCGAUCUAUUGCUUAAUUCCCAUGGAUCUUUUUGCCCUAUAAAGCUUUGCUGCAGGUACAGGAUAUCUGCAGUUAUGGCCUUCGUGUCAUGGAUUCUAUCCUUGGCAUCCUCUCUUUUUAACCUUUAUCUGUUACCCUCUUUGUGAUUCUCAUUUAAUUCACCUGUAGAAAUAUUAUUAGAUCCAUCAUUAUUUAUUUUGUAAUUUUUUUUUUCUUUCAAUUAUAGCAUGAUAAUUCCUAGUUAGUUAGUGAUGUAUAAUUAUGACAACUCAUGUAUUUGGUAUAGUUUUAAGUAUAGAAAAAGCUCUUGGUACACAAGAGUACUGUGAUGUAAACUUGAAACCGCAUUUUCAUGGGAAACUGAACGAAAUGUACAUUGAGACCCUGAAAUGACA